ACAGAACACAACAGAAGCCCACAUUUCACCUGUGUGACCAACUGUUUAGUGACCUGUAGCCACAACACAAACAGCUCAAGGCUUUUCUGGAGGAGGAAGCACGAUGUGCAAUUACGCACGGGACUAAAGGAAUUUGACUAGCAGCCUGUCUCUAUUUGUUCUCGUCGCGGAGACUCGCUGUCCAAAGCUUGGAGUUCUCUCCAUUUAAAGAGCCGAUAUCUAUGCACGACGUCACCAACGCCUCUCCUCAUCCCACAUCUCUGAAGUUUACCAUCCAGUCCUCUAUGAACACAGGGCAGGAUGGGAUGCUCCACCAGUUCCCAAACUUCAGCGAUAGAUCCGACUCGACCUAGUGCUAAACCCGAGGAGAGCAACGGAGCCAGCACAACAGGGGCGGGCAAUGAGAAUGGUAAAGUAGCUGAGGACAGCGAAACUAUUCCCGACCAGACACCUGCUGGCGGAGGCGAUGCUAUGCCUGCAAAUAAUCCUGCUGCAGCUGCAACAUCUGCAGCCAGCACUCAGGAGCUUCAGUCUGCUCAUCCUCCUGCAGAGGCAGCGGCACCUGCAGAUGAACCGGCAGCAACUCCUGCGGAAGAAUCGGAAGCAGCGCCUGCAGAAGAACCGGCAGCAGCUCCUGCAGAAGAACCGGCAGCAGCUCCUGCAGAAGAACCGGCAGCAGCUCCUGCAGAAGAACCGGCAGCAGCUUCUGCAGAAGCUCCAGAUGCAACACCUGCAGAAGAACCGGCAGCAGCACCUGAGGAAGCUCCCAGUGAGUGAGGAGCAACAAGAACGACUGCACAGAUGAGUUCUUGGAAGUUUCUAUCUUUGUUUGUCUGCACAAGUAAAAUUAUGAGUAAGAUGUUGCCUUGUUGCCAAGAUGCAGACCCUGUGAUGAAAAACAACUUUCAGUCAGUGUUCCUCAGUCAUCACUGUGCCUUUUUCUCUUCAUUACAUUGUAUGGCAGCCAUUUCUGCUUGCAAAUUGUAUAUUAACAUAGCUCUGUGGCACUUAUGUGUUUUCAUCAUUUCAGGGUAAUUCAAAUGAUAAAUUGUCAUGGAAAUUUCUAUUUAUUUUCUGUAUAGAAUUAUAUUACAAGAUUAUCUUUGAUUAAACUUGAAAAACAUCCUAUACUUUUCUACAAAAUCAUCACUCUAAGGAAACCAAAGCCAAAAUAUAUCUGAUUUAUGAAAUCAUAUUCUUCUUGGGUUGCUGGCUUUGAUUUUACAAACGUGUUUGUAAUGAGUAUGAAGAGCUGUUACUAUGAAGUUAAACUUAUGACUGUUAAAAUUUAUAUAAAAGCAUGAAUGAGAAAAGUGUAAAUGCUUUUUUUUGUUUCUGUCAUGAUCUCUCUCUCUCUGGGAAGACUUCCUGAAAUCUGUUAUAAGCUAUAAACUGUCAAAAGAAUAAAAAAAAAACCCACCUUAAAA